UCCCUCCCGUACAGACUAGGGUAUCUCAACAGCGGCGGGAUGGGCGGCAACGCCACGGAGAUUGCCCUCCUCGAGCGCCGCCACCAUUCCUGUCCCCAGGAGAUGGCCUCGCUGCCGAUCCCGGACGAGCUCCUGGCUGAAAUCUUCGUUCGCCUGCCCACCCAAGCCGACCUCGCCCACGCCUCUGCGGCCUGCGUCACCUUUCGCCGCGUCGUCGCCGACCGCUCCUUCCCCCGGCUGUACCGCAAGAUCCACGCCGCGCCCCUCCUCGGCUUCCUCGAUCUUAACCGAGUCUUCCACCCUGCUGACCCGCCUCACCCCUCCACUUCUGCAACAAAAGCCUUCGCUGACUUCAGCUUAUCCUUCCUCCCUGCCCCAGCCAGUGACUGGACCAUGCUGGACGUCUGCGACGGCCGCGUCCUCCUCUACAGGCGCGGCGACUUCACAGAGCUUGUGGUGUGCGAUCCCUUGCACCGGCGCCACCUCCUGCUUCCACCAAUUCCUGAAUUCAUUGACGACUGGGUUCCUUCAGCGGACAACUCACAGAUCUUCCUCGUGGGCGGCAAUGAGGAAGAUUCCGAUGAAACAUUUUUCAGUGUGAUAUAUGUGGCAUUCGACCAACAUAAGCAGACGGCCUUCGUCUUCUCUUCCACCACCGGAAAAUGGCAAGCUACUCCAUCAACAGUGCGAUCGCCUUGCUCAUACUGGCUUCAGUCUGCGUAUGGCUGCUUGUAUGGGUUGACAGAGAGCAGUCAGAAGUUACAGGUGUUUGACACCCGGAGGAUGGAGUUCUCACUCGUAGACCUCCCACCCAAAGCUAAAACAGGUUCUUCUUAUGUGCAUGUAGCCAUUGUGGGGGCAGGGGAGGGCAUCAUUGGGAUGUUUGUGCUACCACAUAAGACAUCUGACCUCAGUUAUUUUGUUAAGAGCAACAACGGUGGAAGUUCAAGCCACUGGCAAUUGCAGAAGACAGUCUCACUGGAUUCUUCUCACUACUCUUUAGAUGUGGGUUCAACAGGGAGGCAGUUGUUCCUAUACCAUCGCGGAAGCCCAUCGCUUGAUGCCCGCCUUUUCUCAAUGGACGUCAAGACAUUCCAGCUUGAGAAGGUGUUCGGCUCCAAAUUUGGCAUUCUUUACCCACGGGCAUAUAACAACUUUCCACCAUUCUUGUCGACUCCAAUAGUAUCAAGUGGUGCUCAGGAACAAGGUGUGGGGACGCCUCAAGUUGAAGAAGAGCCCAUAGAUAGCCCUCAGUAAGAGAGCACUGUUGACGAGGGGAAUUUUGGAAGUCCUGGCGACGUAUCAAGGACUGGAGAUGGUUCUGAUUAACGUUGUGCCAUGAUUGGACAGUUGAUCACAGAUUGUGCGUCUGUCAGAUAAGGUAGCAACAGCAGUAAUGACCUGUAAUUUAUGGCAUAAUCAGUUGGUUAAUUAGACUAUGUAAGAAGUCAGAGAGCUUCUGAUCUUGCUGUAUAUAUGUCUACCCAUCACUAUAGCUACUAUUGUGAGCCAUUGGGAUGACAGUUAUUUGCAAAUUAGGGAGCAGCAA